AUGACAGCCUCCUCGAAAAUGACAUCCUCCACUACGUUGCUGUCGUUGUUCAUGAAAGAAGAUGAAGAAGGAAGAAACAAGAAAACGACAACCUCCACUACGUUGGAGUCGUUGCUGAUGAAAGAGCGAAGAAACUGGGUGGAUCUUCCGCCGGAGCUGACGACUUCGAUCCUGCUGCGUCUUAGCCUGACUGAUAUACUGGACAACGCUCAGAAGGUGUGUAAAGAGUGGCGACGCAUUUGUAAAGACCCUUCGAUGUGGCGGAAAAUCAACACGCGAGACUGCCUCAUGUACAACUUUGAUUUCGUGAGCAUGUGCCGUCACAUUGUUGAUCUCAGCCAGGGUGGCUUGCUAGAGAUCAACGUUGAUGAACACUUCUUGAGCGAUUCUCUCCUCAGCUACAUUACCGAUAGAUCAAGGAAUCUGAGAAGUCUUGGACUUGGAAUGUGCUUUCCAAGGGUGACGAAACUAGGAGUUGUGAACGCAAUUGCAAAAAUUCCAUUGCUUGAAACCCUCGAGGUCACUCACUCAUGUAUAAAACUGGAUUUAAAAGCUAUAGGCCACGCUUGCCCACAGCUAAAGACAUUGAAGCUAAACUCCUUAGGCCGCCUAUGGCCAGCCAGUGACAAGUAUGACAGCAACGUGUUAGACGAUAUGGGGCCUCUCGAAUGUGAUGAUGAUGCUUUAGCAAUUGCUGAAAGCAUGCCCAAACUACACCACCUCCAGCUUAUGGCUAACAGACUAACCAACACAGGCUUGAAUGCCAUUCUCGACGGUUGUCCUCACCUGGAACACCUUGAUGUACGCAAGUGUUUCAGGAUUAGCCUUGUCGGGAAUCUUGAGAAGCGAUGUUUGGAGAUGAUCAAAGAGUUGAGACGCCCCGGUGACUCAACCGCAGAUUACCCAUAUAAUGGUGUGUGAGUUGUGCUUCAGCUGAUGAAGACAUGUGGAUACUCUGAGAAAAAC